CAUCAUCAAGCCUUUGACGGAAUUCACUCUCUGCUCCAAACCUACGCCACCGAACGUGACCGCCAUGACACCGUUCGCUCAAUUCCUGGGGUUGCUCCCGCUGGCCACGACUGUGUUUGCCUAUAACAAUAUAUGUGAUACACUCAAUUCUCAAAUCCCCGAUCGAGUCUGGUACCCCAGAAACCAGAACUAUUCCGCGUCACUAUCCUCUUACUACACUAGUUUCGAAAGACAACUGGAUCCCAGUUGCAUCUUUAGACCAACAACCACGGCCGAAGUGGUAGACUUUGUCAACAUCAUCACCGAAAAUGCCAGCACCACGUCGUCACGGCCACAAUUUGCCAUCCGCGGAGGCGGCCACACACUGUUCAGCGCAGCGGCCAAUAUCAACGGGAGUGUCACCGUUGACAUGCGAUCAAUGAACUCCCUUACCCUUAGUCCAGAUCUUAAGACAGCCUCCAUCGGUGCUGGAGCCGUCUUCAGUGAUAUAUAUCCCCAACUUACGCCAUACAACCUCACCGUGAUGGGUGGCCGACUUCCCGGAAUUGGCGCUGGUGGAUUCACAACCGGAGGCGGUCUAAACUUCCUCGCCCGCGAGCACGGUUUCUCCUGCGACAACAUCUACGGCUACGAAAUCGUCCUCGCCAACGGCACCGUUAUCUACGCCAGCGCAUCCUCCCACCACGACCUCUGGCUAGCCCUCAAAGGCGGCUCCAACAACUUCGGCAUCAUCACGCGAUUCGAUCUCGCUGCCUUCCCCCAGGGCCUCAUGUGGGGUGGCGUCAUCAUGUACAACUACACAGCCAGUACCAUGGCCGCCCAAGCCAAAGCUUUCACUAACUUCAUGAACCCCGACCACUUCGACAGCGCCGCGGAAAUGGCGGUCCUCGUGAACUACGAGGACGGAGGCUUUACCAUUGGAAAUAGUCUCUUCUAUACAAAACCCGUCGCUUAUCCGAAGGUUUAUCAGCCGUUUACCUCCCUUCCGGCCCCGACGUUCAACGAUCUGAGCUUCAAUAAUGUUAGUGGGAUGGUUACGAAGUUUGGGUCGUUUCUCCCAACGUCUGCGGAGCGAGCAACCGAACUCGUCUACUCCUUCCAUAACGCCAACACAACCACCUACAAACAACUUAUCAAAAUCUACCAAGACGGAUGCGCCCUCCUGAACAACAUCCCAGGCCUAUUGGUGCAAUUCAUGCUGCAACCCCAACCCGUCACCAACGGGACCAACUCCCUCGGUCUCACGCCCGGGGAAACAGACCUCGUGAUUGGCCUCGUGUCCAUCGCGUACGAUAAUCCCGCCGACGACGACAGGGUCUUCUCUGUCCAGGAAGCGAUCGUGGAUGCGCAGACUGCUCUCUUGGAAGAAGCGGGAUUGUUGAUCCCGUUUAAGUAUUUGAAUUAUGCGGAUGUGUCGCAGGAUCCGUUUGGGAGUUACGGGGAGGAGAAUAGGGAGAGGCUGAGGGAGGUGAGUAGGAGGUAUGAUCCAUUGGGGGUGUUUCAGUGGGGGGUGCCGGGGGGGUUUAAGCUUUUUGAUUAG